AUGCUCUGUACCGUGUUCACAUAUAGGAGCCUCAAUAGCGCAGCAGCUAGCAGUUACCAGCAGCUAAGGAACAGCCAGCUCCAAAAGAAGCCUGCUAUAGAGAAGACCCUCCAGGAGCGGCUCCAAGAGGCCAGACUGCCUAAGCACAUGCGUGGGGGGAAUGAGCACUACAAAGAGCAGCUCUCCCAGAGGGAAGCUGAGCUGCUGCAACGAGCACGCAAGGCCAUGGGCUGGCAGAGGCUGGUGUACGAGGCCUUCCCUGACAGCUGGCAAGCAGGGCCCUUUGCAGUGUCGUGUGCAGGCUUGUACAUCACCAAGAUUAAGCCACCUGGUGAAGAGGCUCAUGGCAGCACCCAGCAAGAUGGCGAAGGAGCGCCACUUUGGCAGAGGCGGAUGGCCGGCGCUUUUGCCUUAGGGCCUAUCCCUUCUGUUUUGCGCCCUGCUUUAGAUAGUGGCGCACAGCAGGCUCUUUUCGAUGCAGGGGCCGGCCGCUGGCUCUUACAUUGGAAGGGCAAGGUCCCAACCGCAACAGCUGAUGAGCAUGCAGCCUAUCAUGCUACACACAUAAGCGCAGCUUUGGCACACCACCACAACUUGCCGCAGCCCACACAGAGAACAAAGGAACCGAGGCAGGCAGCUGUUUUCCAUCCUGCCCUUGCUAGCUGCAGGGCCAGGAGGCAAAGCCGAGAGCGGGCCAAGAUCCAGGGCCAUGGGCGCGACAUGCAACACCCCUCUGUAGCUCUUGACUGCCAUGCAUGCUCCAACACAUGGAGCUGGGAGGUUGUAGUGCAGUUUGUGCAGAGAGGGAUUGAGGAGGAGUGGCUAGAGGAGCGGACAGAAGAAGUCCCGCUGCAGGACUUAACACGCUUCGAUCUGGCUGUUGGUUUGGCCUUGCAUAUGUUGGAGGUAAGCGCGCAGUUCCAGCGGGUUCUUGACAUCAGGCGGAAGUUCAAGGAGAUGCUCACGGGGCUGCGCUACGUGCAUCAUCAGGGUCUGAUCCACCGGAACUUGAAGCCGGACAACCUGUUCCUGGACCGCAGCGGAACCGUCAAGAUCGGCGACUUUACCACGACGCGGCUGCUGGAUAUCCCCUUCCAGGUCUACACGCCGGAGGAUCCCAAGGAGAGGGACCGCUCCGGGCGCGAGAUGCGCCGGCUCUGGUACCGCGCGCGGGGCGCACGCUUCACGCACCUUGUUGGUAUGCUUUGGGUCGUAGGUCUUCGUUUGCAUUACUUGGCAGGAGACACAUGA